AGGCAACAAUAAUUUCUUCAGCUAUAGUUUCUUUUACUGUUUUAUUCAGCUGCUUUUUUACAAUAUUUUGAACCCGCCGUUCGCCUCUGUGGAGGAGUCCAGUCCAGUCUAACAUUAUCUAACACUGUAAGAGAGCUGAGGUGUGCUGUAAUGUAGACUACACUCUGCAGCAAUAGACUGAAUUGCCAAAAUAGGUGAAGAGCUACACAGCCUCUCCUUUCUCUGGAAACAGCCAAGAGGGAGGGAGGAGUUUAAACAAAGGCCCUCUCCACAUAAAAAAAAAUGGAGGCUUGUACAGAGAAGCCAUGGUGUCCUGCUCCUCACACUCUACUUGCUGCCAUUUCUACUUCUAAAGCCUUCAAAUAAGACAACUACCGCCAGAUUCUACCCUUGGAAGCUUAGAAACAUUACAUGGGUGCUGCCCCUGCCUGCACUGAACAAAGAUAAUUACUCAGGAAACAUUUCGGCCAAUCAGACGCGGCCUUGUAUCCUGCCUGUGAGGAGAGCGACCAGUCAGGAUCUGGCUAACAUCACUGGGGCCUGAUCGCCUUGCCUGAAGAGCGGAGCCUUCCCCCGGCUGAGGGCUGAGAGUGUCCUCCAUGUUUUAUAAGUGUUGACAUAACAGUGUAUCAGGCAGCCAUGCAUCCACAGAGUCUGGCUGAGGAGGAGGUGAAGACAGAGUCUGAUGUGGUAGAGGGGAUGGAUGCAUCUGUACGAUCCAAAGUCCCUGAUCCACCAGGGUCAGCAGAAAGACCAGUGGCACCACAGAAAAGAAAAGUGUCGAGUCCCACCCAUUCAUCCAACGGACACUCUCCCUCAGACACCUCCCCCAGUCCUCUCAAGAAAAAGAAGAAGCCUGGGGCUGUCAACUGUAACAGCAAAGACCAGUCAGAGCUAAGACAUGGUCCCUUUUACUAUAUGAAGCAGCCAGCACUCACCACAGACCCUGUUGAUGUUGUACCGCAGGAACGGCAAUCGACUUCUACUUGCUGGCUGUGCAACAGCGAGGGCCAGGUGCUCUGCUGUGAAGCUCUGCCAGGGUUGUAACACGCCCAAGUGCCUCCAAACUAACCAGCUGAGCCCGAGGGCGACUGGUUCUGUCCAGAGUGUGAGAAAAUAACAGUCGCUGAAUGCAUUGAAACACAGAGUAAAGCAAUGACGAUGCUGACAAUAGACCAACUCUCCUACUUGCUCAAAUUCGCACUCCAAAAGAUUAAACAGCCUGGGACUGAGCCUUUUCAGAAGCCUGUGUCUCUGGAACAGCACCCGGAUUAUGCAGAGUACAUUUUCCACGCCAUGGACCUGUCUACUUUAGAGAAGAAUAUCAAAAAGAAAAUGUAUGGCUGCACUGAAGCCUUUCUUGCCGAUAUGAAAUGGAUCUUACACAACUGCAUAUCAUACAUGGCAGGUAAUCACAAAUUAACAGCAACCGCGAAGGUCAUCGUCAAGAUUUGUGAACAUGAGAUGAAUGAGAUUGAGGUGUGUCCAGAGUGCUACCUGUCUUCAUGCCAAAAAAGGGACAACUGGUUUUGUGAGCCAUGUAGUCAACCUCACCCCCUGGUCUGGGCUAAGCUAAAGGGUUUUCCCUUUUGGCCAGCAAAAGCACUUCGGGAGAAGGACGGGCAGGUAGACGCACGGUUCUUUGGGCAACAUGACAGAGCCUGGGUCCCAAUCAACAACUGCUACCUCAUGUCCAAAGAGAUCCCCUUUUCUGUGAAAAAAACAAAGAGCAUUUUCAACAGUGCCAUGCAAGAGAUGGAAGUCUAUGUGGAAAACAUUCGCAAGAAAUUUGGUGUCUUCAACUAUGCACCCUUCCGGACUCCCUACACACCCAAUAACCAGUUACAGAUGCUACUGGACCCGUCCAACCCCGGUGCUGGGACAGUAAAAACAGAGAAACCGGAUAAACUACGCUUCAACUUUGAUAUCACCGCGUCUCCUAAGAUGGUCCUCAGCAAGACGUCCACACCCAGUGGCAUGAGUCGGAGGGUCUCCAUGACAGACAUGCCUCGGUCUCCCAUGAGCACCAACUCCUCGGUUCACACAGGGUCUGAUGGGGAGCAGGAUAUGGAAAAGCCCAGCAGGAAUCCAGCCUUCCACUACAGCACUGGAGAGGAAUCAAUGGACUGUACCGCAUCUCCUGUGUCAGGGAAGAUGGGUCCUGCAGGCAGUGUAGCAGGCAGCCCGAAGCCCUUUAACCCUGGACUGGUGCCCAAACAGGAGAGGACUGCAGGCACAGGUGGCAUCCUCAAUCUCAACCUGGAUCGAGUGAAGGCUGAAAUGGAUCUGAAGGAGCUGAGUGAGACUGUGCAACAACAACAGCAGCAAAAUCAGCAACAACAGGGAGGGUCAGCUGCCCUCACUAACCCAAAGAGACCCAUCAGGAGCCUCGACAAGACUAUUGAAAGCUGCAAGGCACAGCUCGGCAUAGAUGAGAUUUCCGAAGAUGUGUAUAAAGGUGUGGACCACAGUGACUCUGAGGACUCUGACAAAUCUGACUCAAGUGACAGUGAGUAUCUCAGUGACGAAGAACACAAGCCAAAGAGCACCACCCAGGACGACAAAGACAAAGCGGAGAGAAAAAGGCCCAAAGUGAGCACGGACGGAGAGAUUAAGGAGGGAGUUACAGGGACAUCGGAUAAAGCCACCCCUGAACCCCUGCUCAAAGAAAAGCAGGGUAGCAAUGGCCCAGAUAGGGAUCUCCAGGACAAGCCCAGAACGCCCCAGUCUCAGCCCCUUACUGACAAGCCCAAAGCCCCAGAGGAGGGCAGAGCAGCUGCUGCCACAUCAGUAGCUGAGCAGGACUCUGAUUCUGAAAGAGAGCUGGUGAUUGACCUGGGGGAUGAACACGGAGGCCGUGACUCAAAGAGGGCAAGAAGAGAACCCGGGGCUUCUGCUGCCAAAACUCCCAAAGAGUCUAAUGUUGCCAAGUUGGAAGGUAAAGUGCCUUCAUCUGCUGCAGCAGCCGCAGCAUCACGGGAAGCAGUCUCUGCCCUGAAAGACUCUUUACAACCUACCAUCACAGCAGCCCUCAACCUUGUUUCCACUGCAGCUGCUGGUCAGACAAGUACCACCACAGCUACGAGCGGAUCCACCAGUGCCCCCUCUCCUGCCUCCACCACAGCCUCCACAACAUCCCCAGUACCUGCAGCUGUAAAGAAACAGCGCCCCCUGCUGCCAAAAGAGACAGCUCAGGCUGUACAGCGGGCCGUGGUCUGGAAUCCAACCAGAUUCCAGACGUCCUCUCAGAAGUGGCAUAUGCAGAAAGUGCAGAGGCAGCAGCAGCAUGGAGAGCAGUCGCCAGUGCAGACACAGGCCCAGAAUCAGGGGCAAACACGCAGCCCACAGCAGCUGCAGUCACAACAGCAGAACAACUCCUCAAGUACCCGCUAUCAGACCAGACAAGCAGUCAAGGUGCAACAAAAAGACCCGCCGCAGAAUACUUCAUCAACAGCUGCCCAGGUCUCAUCUGGUAGCUCCUCUUCUUUCACGUCAGGAGACUUGCAGAUCCCAACAGUCUCAGCAGACGUGGCUGCAGAUAUAGCCAAGUACACAAACAAAAUUAUGGACACAAUAAAAGGGACAAUGACUGAAAUCUACAAUGACCUUUCCAAAAGCACUUCAGGAAACACAAUUGCGGAGAUUCGACGGUUAAGGAUAGAGAUUGAGAAACUCCAGUGGCUGCAUCAACAAGAGUUGUCAGAGAUGAAGCACAAUCUUGAACUGACAAUGGCAGAGAUGAGGCAGAGUCUGGAGCAGGAACGAGAACGGUUGGUGGCUGAGGUGAAAAAGCAGACGGAGUCAGAAAAGCAGCAGGCAGUGGACGAGACCAAAAAGAAACAGUGGUGCGCUAACUGCAGGAAGGAGGCCAUCUUCUACUGCUGCUGGAAUACAAGUUACUGUGAUUACCCCUGCCAGCAAGCUCACUGGCCAGAACACAUGAAGUCCUGCACACAGUCCGCCACAGCGUCACAGCAGGAGCCAGAAGCAGAGCCCAAUUCAGACCCUUCAGUCAAAUCAUCAGGCCACUCUCCUGCAACACAGACCCUCUCCUCAGCAGCAGGGUCCAUAUCAGACAAAAGCAACUCUCCCACAUAUAUGGACAAGAGCAAGGACAGUGCUGGCGUUACUGUGACCUAACUGCUGCACAAUGGAUACUCUUGCACAUUUUGCAAGGCUGCGGAGAUUGUCGCGUCAAACUUAAAGCUUGAAGGCCUGCACCCCUGCGACAAAUCACUUUGAUUUUUCCAUUCCCGUUUGUACAUCUGCUUGGUGGAUAUUUUUCUUUGGUUCAUCUCUCAUUCAGUUUCCACAGAUCUGUGUUCAGGUGGAUUCACCAUGUGAAAGUAGUCUGUCUUGAUAAAUAAAAUGUGAGUCUGGAUGUUUUCAUACUGUAGUUUUUGUUAUUGCUCUGUUACCACUUUGUUUCAAGUCUGAGCAAGAUUGUAUCAACCUCCUGAACAUUUGCUACAUUAACACUUUCAAUGCUGCUCUUAAGUACUUCAUGGUUGUUUUUAAUUUGUUAAUUGUUCUCCAUAUAAUGAGACAAAAAAACAAACAGCCAUCAACAGUUGAUACUCGUUUAUCAUUGUGCCAUCAGAGGUAUUUUGAGUUAUGCAAGUUUCAUCUAUAUGUUUUAAACCAUGUCGCUUCACGUCAACUGAUGUAUUUUGAGUAAUGCAACUUUAAACAUGUUUUCAACUAUGUCCUCUUCAUGCCAGCGGUGGCAUUUUUUGGCUCAUACCAGUUUUGUAUUGUAGUUCCACAUUGUACAGACCUACAUAAAAAAAAAUAUCUGUGAUUUAUUAAAAAGAACUAAAAAAUUUAAACUGUACAAAGUUUUUGUAAGAAAUACCUGAACAAUAUUUAUAGUGUUAUAUGUUUUUAUAGUAUGUUUAAUGAAAUUACAUUUCUAUGUGUCUAAACAAAGUUAUUUGAAAAUAAAUUACUUCAUAUGAAUGUCAGCUCUGAGCAAAAGUCUCUGUAAAACCAGUUAUCCAAAGCUGAUGUAAAUCCUGAUCAGACUGUGUCUAAGAAUUUGGUAGGCAUAAAUAGAAACUGCAUUUUGGCUGGAUAUUAUUUCCUGUGAGCAUGUCUGUUUUGAGCUUGUGUCUCGUUCGUGUUUACAUAUUGUACAUACAAUAAAUGGACUCGUGAAGAAAAAAUAAAAAAUGCUCUGAUCAACAUG